AUGGGUAAAAGCCAGGGGGUUCCAUUGUCGGAGCAGUUUCUGGAAUGGUUUCUCUUCAGAUUUCGAUGGAUUUUUGUGAUUUUCUUCAUUUUACCGGCGAGUCUGCUCUACGAUGGCUACUAUCUGAUCAGAAAUUACUUGAUAUUCAAGUUGAAUUCGGCUCCGAAGGCGCAUGAUCGGAAAGUGGCGGUUAUUCAGAAGCAGGUGAGAGCUGAUGCCUAGUGUAAUAUAAGGUUGUUGUAGAUCCGUGAAUGGAACGAUGGAGGGAGGAAAAAGAAGCUGUGCACAGCUCGAGCUGGAUUCUUGACUAUGAGCUUCAGAUUUCCGAAAUAUAAGAAGGGGAUGCUCGGGAUCAAGACGGAUCAGCUGGUGGACAUCCUGGAGGUAAGAAUAAUAUGAGUUUUUUUUAACGGAAAGCGGGCUUUCUUGAUCUCCAGUUGUAGCACGGUGCUCUUUGUAAGGUUCAGGCCCAAUCUGACCUCGUUUUGUUACUGAAAAUUCUAUUAUACUACCUAAAAGCACCGAUUUUUUAAUGAAAUUAAUAUUUUUUCAGAUUGACACCGAAAAGCGCACAGUUCGAGUGGAGCCAAUGGUCACAAUGGGCCAAUUGACCAGAUUCCUGAUUCCCUUGGGUUACACUCUUCCCAUUGUCCCAGAACUGGACGAUCUUACAGUAGGAGGAAUGGUGAAUGGAUGUGGAGUAGAGUCAAGUGGAAGGAAGUAUGGCCUCUUCCAACACAUUUGCCUUCAAUUCGAGAUUGUGACGGCUACUGGAGAGUUGGUUAUAGCCAGAAAAGAUGGUUCGGAUCACCAAAGUCUGUUCUACGGGAUUCCCUGGAGUCACGGGACUCUCGGAUUCCUAGUAGCGGCGACUAUCAAGAUCAUUCCUUGUAAACCCUACGUCAAAUUGCAUUACAAACCGGUUAGAGGGUUGGCGGUAAGAUUUUUUGCAUUUAUUUUGUUAUAUUUUUUUCCAUGAAUAGUGAAAUUUUGUGGAGUUCAAUAAAAAAAAGAAAAUGCUAAAAUGUAAUGUAAUAUUUGCAGGAGAUCACAAACGUCCUUCGCGACUUUUCCACCACCCCAUCCAACGAAUUUGUGGAGGGUAUCUUGUAUAAUAAAGAGUCGGCUGUUAUCAUGAGUGGCCAGUUCGCCGAGGAGCCCCCAAAGAAUGGAACUCUGAACGCGAUUGGCAAAUGGUAUAAGCCCUGGUUCUUCAAGCACGUCGAGAACAUCCUCAACAAAAAUCAAGUGGGUUUGUCAAAAGUGUAAAAAGUAGUGUCAUGUGUAAUGUAAUUUUUUGUCCAAAAUUUGAUGUUUGAUAUUUCAGGAGGUUACGGAGUACAUCCCAUUGAGGGACUACUACCAUCGGCAUUCUAAAAGCAUAUUUUGGGAGUUGAGAGUGAGUGUUUGAAACUUGAUAUCAAUUUCUGACAUGAAUAAUAUAAUUUUGGGUCUAUUUUAGGAUCUGAUUCCAUUUGGAAACAAUGUAAUCUACCGGUACCUUCUCGGAUGGGCUCUCCCACCAAAAGUUUCGCUUCUGAAGUUGACAACUCCAGCUCCAAUCAGACGUCUUUACAAUCGUCAUCACAUAAUCCAAGACAUGCUGGUCCCACUGACUGCCCUCGAAGACUCGGUCGACCUGUUUGAUAAGGAAGUUGGAUGCUACCCGAUCUGGUUGUGCCCGUUUAAUCUCCCAUCCAUGCCUGGAUUACUAAGAAAUCGAACCGGGGCCAACGUUUUAUUUGUUGAUGUUGGAGUAUAUGGAAAUGCAGAAAGGAAGGGAUACGAUCCAAGAGAGACCACCAGAAAGCUGGAGAAGUUCGUUCGAGAUGUGAAAGGGGCUCAGAUGUUGUAUGCGGACACGUAUAUGACAGCUGCAGAGUUCUGGGAGAUGUUUGACAACACCUUGUAUGACUGGUUGAGAGUAACAUACGACUGCCAAGAUGCCUUCCCAAAUGUCUUUCAGAAGGUCUGCAGAGAAGCCAGGGAGUAG